UUCACGGUCACUGUAAGUUAAAGCGCUCAUCACUGUUGUAUAAUGCCGCCAGUGAGAUGGUGCAGCUGUGUAAAUUCCUGUUAAAAUCUAGCAAAUCGCCCGGUCGUGCCCACUUUCGGCCCACCUUCCUGGACACCCUGCGUCUGGCGGUUCGCGGAGGACAUGGUGGCAAUGGAUUUCCCAAGUACGGAGGAGUCGGUGGCCAAGGCGGUUGCGUUUACUUGGUGGCCAAGGAAGGUCUGACUCUACGGAAGGUCGUCCAGGGAUUGAAGGACAAACGGGUUGCCGCCUCCAGCGGUGAGGACAGCAGCAAGGCCAGCAUCUUUGGACGCCGUGGAGUCGAUCAAAAGAUUGAGGUGCCGGUGGGGGUCCAGGUGUUUGACGACCGGCAGAAACUCAUCGCCGAUCUGGACGAGCACGAGGCUACCUGCAUUGUGGCGGGUGGAGGUACCGGCGGCUGCACGGCUACCAAUUUCCUGGGGCGUCCCGGAGAGAAUCGCACUGUGAAUCUGGACCUGAAGCUCAUAGCGGACGUGGGACUCGUCGGAUUCCCCAAUGCUGGCAAGAGCACACUACUCAAGGCCGUCUCCAAUGCCAAACCCAAGAUUGCGGCUUACCCUUUUACCACCAUACGGCCCCAGAUUGGAACCAUCGAGUAUAGCGACCUACGCUCCAUCACCGUUGCCGAUCUUCCCGGCCUCAUCGAGGGUGCUCACUCCAACUUCGGAAUGGGUCACAAAUUCCUGAAGCACAUCGAACGCACCCGCCUACUGCUCUUUAUGGUGGAUAUAUUCGGCUUCCAGCUGAGUCCUCGCCAUCCGCAUCGCGACUGUGUGGCCAACAUAUAUGCGCUAGUGAAGGAGUUGGAGCUCUACGAUCCAUCGCUGCUUGAGAAGCCCAGUGUCCUGUUGCUGAACAAAAUGGACAAGGAGGGUGCGCAUGAGAUCCUCACCAAAGUCAAGCCGAUCAUCAGCGACCUGGCCAGCGGCCUGGAACAGUGUCCCGAGGAACUGCGUCCAAAACGGGUUGUGAAGUUUGACAGUAUUGUCCCCAUAUCGGCCAUGAACUCCACGAAGGUCACGCAAGUGAAGUCCCAGCUGAGGAGGACGCUGGUGCGACUGGCGGAAAAACAGUUUCUGGCUAAUGAGGAGCAGAUCAAGGAGCAGUUGAAGCAGCGUGUGGGCCUGGUGGGUCCAAAAAUUACCUAGUUCUAAGUGUAAAGUAAUUUGUCUUAGUUUAGUAGAGUUCGAAAUGAAGAAAUUAAGAUUUAAAAUCCUUUGAACAUUAAAAA